AGGACAAUGUGCGAACAGGACUGUCGAGCCGGCGGCGGCAAUUUGAAGCAUUUUAACUUCAAGGCGGAAGACCAGAGCAGGAGCGAAGGAGCGCGUACAUUGCGCGUUUCCAUUCCCGAGGUGGUUCUGCAGGAAGCUGUAAUAGUUUCGAUUUGAAACCUGACCCAAGAUUGUGAAUGGUGCUUGAACCCCAGUAUGGAAUGUACGUGUGGCCUUGUGCUGUGGUGCUUGCCCAGUACGUGUGGCACCACAAGGAGGCGCUACAACAGAAGUCUGUGCUGGAGAUCGGUGCAGGGGUGAGCCUGCCUGGCGUGGUGGCAGGGAGGUGUGGGGCGAGGGUGAUUUUGUCAGACAGUGCAGAGCUGCCCGCGUGUCUGGAGAACUGCAGACGGAGCUGUGAGGUGAACGGUCUGCGGGAUGUCUCUGUUGUGGGUCUAACCUGGGGACAGGUAUCUCCAGACCUGCUCAUCCUCCCAGCGCUGGACAUCAUCCUGGGAUCAGACGUCUUCUAUGAACCUGAAGACUUUGAAGAUGUGCUGGUGACUGUUUUCUUCCUCCUAAGAAGAAACCCUCAAGCUCAGUUCUGGACAACCUAUCAGGAAAGAAGACCAGGGGGAGACCUUCCAAUAGGACCUCGGUUUUCCGUCUCAUCCCAAGGACGGAGCACAAGGAGGGUAAGUGACUUGCUCAGAGUCACACACAGCGAGUCAGUGGCUGAGCUGGAAUUGAACCGACAACCUUCUGGUAACAAGCCCCUUUCUUUAACCACUGGACCACCAAGCUUCCUUGUUUACAGUCCAAUCCAGUGGUAGACAUAUGCCUACUUAAAGCAACACGGAUAAAACCUUUAUGCCAGCAGAAAGCGCCUGAAUCCCACGUGCAGGUACAAUAUGAUCUGCCCGUGUCUGACUUAUCCAAACAGCCUGUAGUCCCUUCAUUAACACGGAACGGCAGGAGACCGGCCGAAUGAAAACAAAUGAUUUAAAUCAGUGGAUAUUGCUAAAAUGAAGUUUCCUUAAGGACAAUGAAAACAAAAAUACAGUAAAGAAAACACAAUAUGAUGUCACAAUGAUUUUUAGCAGCAACACAAAAUGCGAAGUGACCUGUUGAAAAUAUACCUCCUGCUCAAUUAAAUGAACACAAAAAUUGAAGGUUCAGACUAUGAGCCGCCUUCACGAGGAUCAAACCUUCAGAGUGUGUGAAGGGAGUUUUCAGUGUCAACUUACAUAGAAUUGAAUGGAUGCCGAAAACCCUGCUGCAAACACCACUGCUUCUGCUGGACUACCGAACAGGACAGCAGUCUGCGAUUCUCUGCAGCACAUUUAAUGGGGGGCGUUCUCAAGUUUUUGUGAACCAGGAGCCACCUAACGCCAGCAGUACUUCAAACCUCGAGAAACGAAAAAAAUCCAAUUGAGGUGGUUGAAUGAAUCGUGAAAUCUGUGAUAACCGUGAAAAAAAUAUAAAGUACUCACUAUGUUUAUACUUUAAAGUUGUAACAACUUUUUUUUUUUUUUUUAGCUGACAGACCAGUGGUCACAUAUACUGAUUUAGAUUAAUGUAAAUCUUCAGCAAAAUUAAUGUGCUGUUUUUAUGUUAAAUAAAAAUGCUAAUUUAAAAUAUACAUGCAAAGUUUCAUUAUGGGAUUUUGACACCAAUGAAAACUACAAUGUGAAUAUUCCCAAAAUAUAGCAACGAUAAGGCUAAUCUUGAAAGUUUGAGGUAUCAUAUUUUGACCUGUCUAGCCACAUGGCUGUUUGGAGGGCACAAUUGCAAGGUUUUGGUAACAGUAUUAACAGAGCCUGACCUUCAAUUCAAAGGAAACUCCUUAAAGCAGUGUAUGUGGGAAGUAUUG